AUGAAAAACUAUGAAAAUGAAACUAAAUUAUCACGAAAAAAAAUUGUUUUGAAAGAUAGUUAUUCAAUGAUUUCAAAUAAGUUAUCAGAUUUUCCUAAAAUAUUUGAUUUAUCUAAUAUUCAAAAAGAGUUAUAUAUUUAUAAUUACUACAACGCAGAUAGAAUUCAAAAUAAUAAUAUAUCUAAAAUCAAUAAUUGUUUAGUGGAUAACAACAAGUUCGACAUGAGAUUAUAUUGUAAAUUCUAUUGUUGUCAAGACGUUAGAAUAUUGAAAGAAGGUCAUACCAAAUUCAGAAAUAAUAAUUUGAAAAGUUUAAAUAUAGAUGUUGACAACUUUAUUAUUAUAUCUGCUUUAGCUAAUCACUAUUUUAAAUUAAAUAAUUUAUACAUGGUGCAGUAUAUGGAGGUAGAAAUAUGUGUAGAGAUAAUACAAAACAUCAUGUUACUAAAGAUUUAUAUGAUUAUGACGCAUGCUCGUUAUAUCCUAGCGCUAUACAUAGGUUAA